UUAUGCUAAAAAUAAUACUUCAGAAAACAUGCAUCUUUCCAUUUUCUGGACAGUGUCAUUUAACAAAUCUACUAUAGAUUCAAAACCCCACUGGUAGGUUCUGGACACUCAGAUUUUAGGACUGAAAUUAUAUGUCUCAUGUCACUUUCAGAAGUGGCAAAACAUUUCUGGUCAGACUAUUUGUUCCCACACUUUUUGGUGUGGAAAAUCUGUCCCCAUAACCAUGACUGAGAGUAUACAUUUCCAGGUCAAUGGAGAACAUAGCAUAAUUUUCUUUCUUUGCCAUUUUCACGGGAGCUUUACUCCAGUUCUCCUCGGCUUCCUUUUCCCAUCUCCUGUGCCUUCGCUUUCUGGACUCUGCCUUUGGUUUCUUUUUUUAGUAGAAUAUGUUUAUGAUACAUAAUAAUUACAUUCUUCUUGGGAGACUGGUACCUAUAGCAGCUUGAUCAUUUUUACUCCUUCCUGCCCUCCCCUCCUUUUCCGUUCUCUGUAGAGUUCUCUCCCUCUCUUUUAUUUUGCUCUUUAAAUUAUUUAUACCACGAUUCUCUCACAUUAGGGUUAGCUGAAAAAUAGGGCAUUAGAAUUACAAAAGAGGUGAUAUAUGUAGAUCAUUAGUUACCUUGCAUACGAGGCACCAAAUUUACCUGGAAAAAGCCUUUGCUUAGUGCGUUAUACAGCUAAGUGCCCUGGCCUAGGUCAUGAAUGCAGGAUUCUAAAUGAUGCUUGGAGUCAUUGUUGCAUCUGCAGUGUAAGAAAAAGAAUUGGAUCCAAACAGAGGCAUCUUCCUUAGGAAGAACCACAGUGACAGCUUCAUGUUCUUCCAAGAAUGCACAGAUGUCUUUGCUGCGGCACACGAACUUCUUCUCACUAAGAAUUGCUGGGUGGCUUUGUGCCACUUUGUGGAUAAAUGGAGGCUUGGAAAACUCGCCAUCCUCGCACAAGCACAGCAGCAGCAGCAGCAGCAGCAGCAGCAGCAGCAGCAGCAGCAGCAGCAGCAGCAGCAGCAGCAGCAGCAGCAGCAGCGAAGCACACUGCUGCACGCAGUGGUCAGGCGUUUCCCCCAGGAUGAAUGAGGCCACCGUGAGGAUCCAUCACUACCAUUUCCAACCCUUUCUUUGUUGGAGAUGAGCCACUGGCAGAUGGCCCUCCUCCACUGACAUGGUCUCGGAGUUGGAAAAUAGGUUUUCUACAAGAGUCAGAGAUUGGUAAUCAGGGGUAUUGUUUAUCUUUCUUUCUCCCUGUGAAGCUUUGUACCAUUUAGUUCCAGGACAGGUAGUUUAUCUUGGGUGAUUCCCAUUCCUUCCUCACAGAACAGCUUAAUCCAGGAUUGUUUUCAAGACUCCCAGGCUGUGGCAGGCUCUUGAGAUUUUUUUUUUCACAAUGUGCUUUAGCUCUAUGUGAAUGAAAUUCUUGGCUGAUGUCCUAUUAACGAGAUCCAGCAGUAUAAAGUUCCUAAACCACUAAAGCUAAUCAUCACAUUUCUCUUGUUUCUACAAGACUGGAAAGCUAAUUCUACCAGCUGUGAGUGGCAGAGACAAGGAAGAUCAUUUAUCUUAUCACAUUGAAGGGAAACCUGUCAAUGACAAUUCAGGAAAUGGAAAGCAAGCACGCAAUUGAGGUUACCAUUCUGUUGGGAAGGUGGGGAAUUUGUAGGGGCCUCCAUUUCAUUUCAGUGAUGUUAUUCUUCUAGUCAGAAACAUCUUCCUACUAACUUGCACAGGAUGAACAAGAUCAAGGUCAUGAGUCAAGCUUUAAGUGGCCUAAUGCACAGCCUUAACUUCAUCCAGUUUGUCACAUGGUGCUGUCCAACACAAGAGGGACACUGGCCAUUGAACAUGCAUGCACCCCUAAAAAUCUAGCUCUAACAUUAGAAAAGCAACCCAGAAACAAUGUGUUAGCAUUAUCUGCUCUGGAAGAAUGAACAUUUAUACAAAAAGCCACUCACGUUCUAUUUUGGGAUUAGUUUAACUGUGUUGUAGAACGCUCAGCAAUCAAUAAACAGUUCUCGUUUUCCCUUCACAAAUCUAUCUACCCUUUGGCCCUGAGACACUGAGUAAGGUACUUGAUAUUUCAGGCCCUGCAUCUUUUCAUUUGAAGUAUG